AUGCCCACAGAAUCAAACGAAGGUUGCGUCUCCUUGCAUUCUGGCUCAAUAAAUGUGGAAAGGGCUGAACAGCACCAUGGAAACCCGCACGGCCUUGUUAGCGCCAACCCAGUGGUUGUAUUUGUCCAUCAGUACUCAAUUAUGGGCGGCUCAAGCUCCUUAAUGAGCGGUAUGGCGAGCCUUGUGACGCAGAGGGGUUUCCCGGCGGUAACCUUUGACCUCCGAGGCGUCAACAAUUCUUCGGGAUGGAAAACUUUGACGGGCCACAAAGAGACUCAAGAUGUUGUAGAUGUAUGCUCAUGGUGUGUGAAGAAUCUCCAAGCACAAAACAUUGUCAUUGUGGGAUCAUCUGCUGGGGCUCCUAUAGGUGGCAGUGCUGUUGACCAGCUCCCGGAAAUCCGAGGAUACGUUGGAAUAGGCUAUGUCUUUGGAAGCCUUGCCUCACUUCUGUUUGGCGGCCACUACAAAAAAAUUCUUCAGUCUCAAAAGCCGAAGUUGUUUAUUCAUGGGGACGGAGACGGAUUCACAUCCACGUCAACGUUUAUGAAUUACUUCAAAAGUGCAGAAGAUCCGAAGGAAAUGCGAGUACUUCCGAACGUCGGACACUUCGAAAUGGAGGGACCCGCGUACGAUUCGUACAUGGCGACUCAGAUUGUAGACUUUAUUAAUAAAUACUUGCCGCGAGAAGAAAAGAUCCCUGCAGAUACUUCCAGUGCGGCUGCAGUUGAUAAGCAGUAG